CCUCAUUAUAACAAAUCCUAACCUACUCCCUGUGGCUAGUUAUUGUUACAAUCAAACAGUCAUACCUGAUUGACGGAAUAGAAGCGAUUAUUUCAAUUCUAAAACUUAUGUACUCUCAUAACAGAUGCCUCGGAUUAUAACGUGUUAGGAGUUUUGGCCGACUAAAAUACUCAAAUCAUUAACAUUUCUGGUGAAACAUACUUUUCGUGCAAUUUUUGAUAGUUUAUCCUGUCUUGAUUAUUAAUAUAAAGAUGAUUUUGUUCGUUUUUUAACUAGAGCGAAAUAUAUUGAGAGCGGAGUGAAUCGCUUUCCUUUCUCUAUUUAAUCCCAGGCGAUACUACAUGUCGGCACAAUCUUCUGGCAGGGAGGAGGAGUGCAUGCAUCACAUAUGCAAAAUUGGUUUCUGAGAAUUUACUUUGUAAUUAUCGGGGGAGUUGCAGGCCUUUAAGAAGUCCACGAUCCUACAGUCAUCUCUCAUCAGCCCUACUGGUAUCAUGUUUGAACAGUUGAUGAUCUGUGGAUUUGAGCUGUCUCCAACUGAAAUUAUAGCGAUUGUAUCGUAAAUUGUGGAGUGAAGUCGUCCAUUGUGAUAUAAGAACGCGAAAUCAGUACCCCGUCGCCUUUUGAGUUGAAUCUGGAACUCAUUAUGCUACCGGCCCUUGAAGGUUUUAGUAUUACACUGUAGACCUAACUUUUGGGAAGAGCUUUGCAGGAUGAAUACCUCUGGUUCCCCCGAAGUGAACAUGACCAAUACAAAUGAAACCUGUCACACCUGGUUAAAAGCGGAACUAGGAGGAUCGUUUGACGGUGUGACUAUUGAAGAAAUCAACACCCAGUUAAUGAGACGGAAUCUCGGGGGCAUCGGUCUCCUCUGCAUAUUAAGCUUCAUCGGACUGAUAGGAAACGCGCACGUGCUGUGGAUAUAUCUCCGCCAAUUCGCAAAGUCCAACUACCGUGUAUAUGUCAUUUGGUUGGCCAUGCUGGACAUCUUCAACUGCGUCGUGGUGGCGCCGAUGGUGGUCUCCUACCUGUUUUUCCCAGUGACCUUUCCAUCGGAAAUUUAUUGUAAAAUGUUCCGCUUCUUUAAUUAUUUUGCAGCAAUAGCUUCUACGUCGUCUCUGAUCUCGAUCGCUGUGGACCGAUACAAGGCUAUCUGUAGUCCCCUGAAGGAUCAGCUGACCAACAAACAGGCCAAGAUUUUGUGCUUCAUGAAUGUAGUGGUAGCCUUCCUAUUGUCGUGGCCAGCUCCGUUUUUGUACGGCUUGCGGGAUAUUGAGACCGGUGUACCGGGCCUCACCGGGUACCGGUGUUUUACAGAGCAAAAAUUCGAGGAAAAGAAAUACCAGAUUUAUUACAACGCCUUAUUGUUGCUUUAUUUCAUACUAGUCUCAACAACCAUGGUCUUUGUGUACAUUAAAAUCGGCCGUAACAUACAUACUCAUUUCAAGUUUCAAGAGACGAUUCGGCGCAUGUCUGCACGUAAUGUAGAUGAGAUCAAAUCCACGACGGGGACCGGAGCUCGUCGCUCCACCAUCACGCUUUGUGCCGUCACUGUUGCUUACAUUUUGAGUGCCGUGCCACAUCAUCUCCUGGCCGUGAUGAUUUUCGUAGUGAAAGGUUUCGACUGCAGUCUCUCGCUCGUUGAGUCUCAGGUGUAUUACACAUUUAUCUGGUCGUACUUUGUCAACUCAAUGGUGAAUCCUUUCAUUUAUGGAAUAAGAGACCGGAAGUUUCGAACUGCUGUGAAGCAAAUUUACAAAAGGUAAAAACGAAAAAUAUGUUUACCAAAACUUGAGACACCAUUGUUUUGAAUAUACAUAGCAAUAGAAAAGAUUGUUUGAAGUCAAUAGAUUUUGCUUGCGAAAUAUAUUGCCAAAACAUUUUUUGUAAUAUUAGUGUAUCAGAUACACGAUAUUUAUACAGAAAUACUGUCGGGUGCACUUUGCUCUGAUAUUUUGUGAUAAUUAUGUACUAUGUGAUCUCCACACAAUGAUGUAGCGAAUUCUGCUGAUUGUGUAAUUGUUACUGUCAAUAUUUAUAAAAAUCGAUGUUCGCUCUCUCAAAGUGAGGUGAAAUUGAAGUAUAUGUACUCGUUGUUUUAAUGAAACUGGAUAUUAGUUAUUUUUUAUCAUAAUGUACAUUGGUAUAUUUUAUGAUGACCAAACCAUACAUGUGCCAGCAUACAUGUAUAAUUCUGUGUAAGAUUUUGUGUAUGUGCACGUAAAUUUGUUUGUAAGAUUGUGUGUACGUAAAUUUGUUUGUAAGAUUGUGUGUACGUGCACGUAAAUUUGUAAUAUUGUGUGUAUGUGCACGUUUUCUUUGUCAGAUUGUGAAUAAGUACACGGGUAUUUAUUUGUAAGAGGAUGGGAACGUGUAUGUAUAUUGAAUUUGCAAGAUUGUGAUUACAUGCACGGAUAUUUGUGUAAAAGAUUGUGAUUACAUAUUUGUUUGUAACAUCGUGUUACAGAUAUUUGUUUGCAACAUCGUGUUACGGAUAUUUGUUUGUAACAUUGUGUUACGGAUAUUUGUUUUUUUUAACAUUGUGAUACGGAUAUUUGUAUGUAACAUUGUGUUACAGAUAUUUCUUUGUAACAUUGUGUUACGGAUAUUUAUUUGUAACAUCGUGUUACGGAUAUUUAUUUGUAACAUUGUGUUACGGAUAUUUGUUUGUAACAUUGUGUUACGGAUAUUUGGGUUUUUUAACAUUGUGAUACGGAUAUUUGUAUGUAACAUUGUGUUACAGAUAUUUGUUUGUAACAUUGUGUUACGGAUAUUUAUUUGUAACAUCGUGUUACGGAUAUUUAUUUGUAACAUUGUGUUACGGAUAUUUGUAACAUCGUGUUACGGAUAUUUAUUUGUAACAUUGUGUUACGGAUAUUUGUAACAUCGUGUUACGGAUAUUUAUUUGUAACAUUGUGUUACGGAUAUUUGUUUUUUUUUUAACAUUGUGUUACAGAUAUUUGUUUGUAACAUUGUGUUACGGAUAUUUAUUUCAUGCAUUUGAUACUUGAAUAUGUAUGCUAAUUAGAUUUUACUGAACACUAUCUUGAGCCCUUGACUACUGCUAGUUAAUAAAGAUGAUGUUGUAUUCGUUAAAAACCAUCAAAGCUAUCAAUUUGUUGAAAGGGUACAGCGUCAUUGGGUUUGAUUACUAGUAUAUUGGUAAAUCACAAGUUAUCCUGUGUUUAUCAUUUAAAAAUGAAUUCGUGUUAUGAACAUAUCCUCUGUGUCACGUGACAGAGAUUUACACCGACUCACUUUUCAACCACGAAGUCUGAGUCCUAAUCUAACAAUGAACUCAGUUUACCAGGAAUUCAAGUUAGUUAGAAAAUAUAUAGUCGCGUAGUCAUUUUUUCUUUUCGUUUUUUUUAUUCUUUCUUUUUCCUUUUUUUUUUUUUCAUUUGGUAUCCUUCUCUGUAUAUGUGGCAUUCUUCAUUCCAAACAAAACAAACUGCUUAGCAUUAAGUGAUGCACACAUUUCAAUUUUCGUCUGAGUUUGAAAAUAAACAUGACUGACAAAUUCUGUUCUGUGAGUUUAGCUUUAGCGGGGUCUGUGAGCUAUCGCUGAGACCAAUGGGCAAAAAUGAUCACUACAUUAAGUCUAAAAGUGCUACAAGGAUUUUGCAAGUUCUUCAACGGUUUACAAGUGCUACAAGUUGUAGUGGUGCUACCCCCUGUCACGACGAAUAAAUUUUACUAAUUACUUCACAAGAAACAAUUGUGUGAUCAUUGCAUUUUGAGUUUGGAUAAUAAAGAUAUGCCAACUUUA